AUGGCAGGAGCAGCAACAUCAGCAGGUGAUUUAGAAUUCCCUGAGGAAGAGAUCGCGCUUGACCCUUUGUGCGAUGAAGAUUCCGGAUCCGAUUAUGGAACAGGGUCGAGCGAGUACUCCACAGAUUCAUUGACUUCCUCCAUCUAUGAAUAUCGCUUCGAAAACGGCCGCAGAUAUCACGCCUACAAGGAAGGCAAAUAUCUCCUCCCUAAUGACGAAGCCGAGCAAGAAAGAUUAGAUAUUCUACACCAUAUUUAUGUGCUGUUAUAUAAGGAUAAGCUUCACUUAGCGCCAGUAGAAGAACCCCAGAGAAUCUUGGACAUCGGUACUGGAACAGGUAUCUGGGCAAUUGAUAUCGCUGAGAAGUACCCAAACGCCGAGGUCAUCGGGACAGAUUUGAGUCCUAUUCAGCCAAGUUGGGUUCCUCCAAACGUCCAAUUCCAAAUCGAUGAUGCGGAGGCCGACUGGACAUUUGCAAGGAACUCUUUCGACCUAGUUCAUAUACGCCACUUGAACGGAGCAAUUAAAGAUUGGCCCAAGCUUAUAAAAGAAGCUUUCAGAUGUAUCAAGCCCGGCGGCUGGAUCGAACUCGCAGAAUAUGAAUUAUUCCUCCACAGUGACGACAAUACUCUCCCCAAGGACAGCUCCCUCUACAAGUACUAUGAUCUAUGUAAUCAGGCUGCUACCAAGCUUGGACGGGAAUUCAUAAUCGCCGCCAAUCUCAAGCCAAUCAUUUUGGAGGCUGGAUUCGAAUGUGCCACCCACCAAACCAUGAAGGUUCCGUUCGGAACGUGGCCUGCGGAUAAGCUGCAGAAAGAGAUGGGUGCAUACUUAUACAUGACAGCUGAGGAAGGCUUUGCGGCCUUUGGUAUGGCUCUAUUGACGAGAGUAAUGGAGAUGGAGGUGGAGGAGGUCAACGCAUUAAUUGCCCAGGCAAAAAUAGAUGCGAAGAGCAGGAAGAUUCAUUCAUAUUCUCGACAGCAUAUCUACUACGCACAAAAACCUAUUUGCAGCGACGAUGAAGAAGAGGGAUACUAA